CCGUGUCGCCACCGUUACCGCAGCCAGUUUCUGAUUGAUAGCUCCACUCAGGCAAAACGGAUCUCAGACCACACACACAUAUUAUAACCCCCGGUUUAGCUCCACCCAACUCGGUAACUCCACCUAAAGUCGUAGCUCCUCCUCUUUCGAACUGGAAGGCUUCGCUUGUCGCUAUUCUGUCGGUCAGUCUCGUAACGGCUACGUCGUUGUAUUGUAUACUAACCGAUUGAUGUGUCAGGGUGAACAUUGUUUUUUAACUUGGUGACAUUUUUUGUGACAUUGUGCGGGUGAUAUGUUACUCGGGGCCAUGCCGGAAGACUUAGUGGUACCCACUGGAAAGAGCCAGAGGGCCACGGACUUUUCGAUCGCCGCCAUUAUGGCUAAAAAUGAAAAUCCGUCGGACAGCAAUGAGGACAGAGAUCUACCAACUAAUGGUGACGAUGCCUCUCAUCUUAUCUCUCUCGUUGACGAAGACCAUCUCGAAGAUGACGAAAUCGAGGUGGACGUAGAAGAAUGUUCAGAUUCCGAAUCCACCCGAGCACCGAAACCGAAACUUCGGCGCCACUCGCCGUCCGUAUCCGAUUGCGGAUCGGAAGUGGCCGAUCUCGAUCGCGAAAGUCCGGAUAUCGUUCCGGAAAAAUCGACUAGCCCGAAAAAACCGAAAAUCUUAUGUAACUGCGAGGAACUCCUGAGUGUCGAGUGUCACCUGGAAACGAAAGAUCUAUGGGAUAAAUUUCACGAUUUAGGAACAGAAAUGAUCAUUACCAAAACCGGAAGACGAAUGUUUCCAACAGUCCGGGUGUCCUUUACAGGAAUCCGACCGGAUCAGCGUUAUGCUGUUCUACUAGACAUCGUUCCAGUGGAUAACAAAAGGUAUCGGUACGCCUACCAUCGGUCAUCUUGGCUGGUGGCUGGAAAAGCAGAUCCACCAGCACCAUCCAGGAUAUAUGCCCAUCCAGACUCGCCAUUUUCUGGAGAACAGUUGAGGAAACAGGUCGUGUCGUUUGAAAAAGUGAAACUGACCAACAAUGAGAUGGAUAAGAAUGGACAAAUCGUAUUAAACUCAAUGCACCGAUACCAACCACGCAUUCACAUAGUAAAAUGGCGUGAGCACGCAGGUCCAGUGACCGACCUGGAACAGGAACAAUACAGGACUUUUGUGUUCCCUGAAACCGUUUUUACGGCCGUGACAGCAUAUCAGAAUCAAUUAAUAACGAAGCUCAAAAUCGACUCGAAUCCUUUCGCUAAAGGGUUUAGGGAUAGUUCGAGACUUACGGAUUUCGACAGAGAACCAAUGGACACAAUAUUCAUGGACCAGCACUUUCUGCGUUCAUCCCUUAGACUCUACGGCGGCGAAACCUUGGAUGCCGAAAACAAUAACGCCAACUCCUUCUUUUCCGCGGCCAUGAUGGAAAAAGCGAGGGCGCAUUUGCAAUUGUGGAACCGAGCGGGGGCUGCUGCUGCUGCUUAUAACCCCAGUGAGCUACACGCUUUUCUUUUAAAUAGUCAAGCCAGUCAACAAUUGUUCCUCGGUCAAAGGUCUGCCGUACCUUUAGGACUGUCGAGUCAUUUAUGGGGUCAAAGCGGUGCCUCGUGGCAAAGCCCUAUUCACCAAACCCUUCCUCCUGGUUUAUUGGGGUCUUCACGACCCCAAAUAACACCUCCACCGGCAUCUACUCCUAGUUCCUCUGGUUCACCUAGUCCUACCUCAUUACAUACCUCAACUUCCGAGUUAAGACUGCCUAAACCGGUGUUUCCUUCUACUAUGCAUCAUAGGUUUAGUCCUUAUGCUUCACCGAUUCCUCGAACAGUACCAUCGCUUAGUCCUACAAACUCACGACCAGGUCAUUGAUCGAGUGAGUAAAAUUAGCUCUGUUGAUAUAAUGAUCGAAUUUUUGAGCAGAUUGAGUUAGUUAAACCAAAGAGUCGACAGACACUAACAGGUUAUACAAUGUAAUAUUCUUGUAUAUAUAAUAAAGGUAAAAUAUUUAUUAUUAAAUUUAAUAUGCUAAUUGGGAUAUUUGAAUAUUGUGUUUAAUGAUAACGUUUGUAAUAAAAGACCAGUAUUAUUAUGAAAAGGUUUUAUAGCUCAUUUAGAGAAUGUGUUAUGUAUAUGUUCCUUUGUUUAUUUUUGACUUCAAAUUCAAUAAGAUCAAACUAUCGUGGUAUGUCAAUACUUUUAACGUUAAAUCAUUUUGCAAUAUGGUACUGACGUGAUAAAAUUUAGGAAGCACCCUUGGAGUCAAAAUUGAUUUUUUUAACGAUUGUAAAUAUUAAACUCCAUUUCGUUUAGUUACUUUUUUUGUACUUACUAGGUUUAUGUUAUUAAGUUAAUUAUUGUUGUUUUGUAUAUAGUCAGUGAAUUGUA